AUGGUUAAGGUAACACAAAUUGAAGACGAGACAUUCACCAACGGACAACAAACCGUUGAGAAAGUGGAGAUCAACCAAUUCUCUGAUGACGAUGCAUCAGACGUUUCUGACUCUGAGUUUUCCGAUGAUGACGAUUUCGACUAUGAGAACGAGACCAUAUACGAUCGUAUUGCCGCUUUAAAAGAUAUAAUUCCACCACUGCAACGUGAUCAACUUUCCAGCUUGACUUCAACGGUGAGUUCAUAUGUUUCAGCUGCUGCAAACAACGGAGGUAAAUUGUUGUGGGCAUUAACUUCAAGUUCACUUUUGUUGGGUGUUCCUUUGGCAUUGGCAAUCUUGAGUGAGACUCAGUUGCAAGAGAUGGAGAAGGAUAUGAGUUUGCAAAAAGCAGCACAAGAUGUAUUGGCACCAGGCUCUGACGAAGCAUUCAAUGAGAAAAAAUAA